AUGGCCGACAAGCAAGAUUGGCGAAGAGAGGACGAAGAUGAUGGCGAGCAAGAGGUUGACGAAAACAGCUACAAGGCGCAGAAGGACGCUAUCUUGCUCGCGAUAGAUGUGAGCAAGUCCAUGUUGGAGCCGCCGCCACCUUCAGAUUACAAGAAGGCAGACCGCGAUAGUCCUGUGCAGGCGGCCUUAAAAUGCGCCUACCACCUGAUGGAGCAGCGCAUCAUCUCCAACCCCAAGGACAUGAUGGGCAUCCUUCUUUUUGGCACUGAAAAGUCCAAGUUCCAAGAAUCAGGCGACAGCCGAGGUGGUUUGGGCUACCCGCACUGCUAUCUGUUCACUGAUCUUGACGUUCCUGCGGCUGAAGAUGUCAAGGCUCUAAAGGCCCUAGUCGAGGAAGGUGAAGAUGAAGAUGAGGUAUUGACACCUUCCGAUGAACCCGUCAGCAUGUCCAACGUGCUAUUCUGCGCGAACCAGAUCUUUACGACCAAAGCGGCAAAUUUUGGAAGUCGUCGUUUGUUCAUUGUGACGGACAACGCCAAUCCCCAUGCAUCAGAUAAACAGGCCAAGUCUGCUGCGGCUGUUCGAGCCAAGGAUCUCUACGACCUCGGAAUUAUGAUAGACCUAUUUCCCAUUACCAGAGGAGACGCCACUUUUGACGUACACAAGUUUUACGAUGAUAUAAUAUAUCGCGACCCUGUUGGAGAAGCAAACAUGUCUGAGGUUCGAACAUCAAAAUCCGGAGAUGGAUUGACUCUACUCAGCUCCCUGAUCUCAAACGUCAACUCGAAACAGACGGCAAAACGGGCCCUGUUCUCAAACCUGCCAUUUGAGAUCGCGCCGGGACUCCGUAUCUCUGUCAAGGGGUACAAUAUCGUGCAUCGUCAAGUUCCAGCCCGGACUUGCUACAUCUGGUUAGAUGGCGAAAAGGCGCAGAUUGCUUCAGGCGAAACCACACGUAUUGCGGAGGAUAGCGCCAAAGUAAUCGAAAAGGGAGAUAUAAAGAAGGCUUACAAGUUUGGGGGUGAAUAUGUCUACUUUACCCCUGACGAACAAAAGUCGUUGAAGGACUUUGGAUCGCCCGUUAUUCGCAUCAUUGGCUUCAAGCCCCGCAGCUUGCUUCCUAUAUGGGCCAGCACCAAGAAGUCUACAUUCAUUUUCCCAAGUGAAGAAGACUACGUUGGUUCAAGUCGAGUUUUCACAGCGUUAUGGCAGAAGCUUCUCAAGGACGACAAAAUGGGCAUUGCUUGGUGCAUCACUCGUGCCAAUGCGCAACCGAUGCUGGCCGCUAUCAUACCGUCUAGAGAACGGUCUGACGACGACUCAGGCACGCCUUACCUGCCUGCCGGUCUCUGGAUCUACCCUCUACCAUUCCAGGAUGACUUGCGAAACAUCAACCCUCCAAGCGAGGUAUUGCGAACCUCUGACGAGCUCACGACGCAAAUGAGAACCAUCGUUCAGCAGCUUCAACUGCCUAAAGCGAUGUACAAUCCAUCUAAGUACCCCAACCCAGCUUUGCAAUGGCAUUACAGAAUUCUCCAAGCCCUAGCGCUGCAAGAAGAAGUGCCCGAAAAAGCGGAUGAUGCAACAGAGCCCAAGUACAAAGCCAUCAGCAAACGCGCAGGCGGUUACUUGGAAGACUGGUCUGAAUGCUUGGCACAAGAAGCAGGCAAAGUUGCGAACAGCAAGGCGACCAAACGUGAAACAGAUGAUGAGGAUGUGGAAAGACCAGCAAAGAAAUCGAGAGGGGCAUCGGAGAAGGCAUCUGGCUCCUCCUUCAGCAUGGAGCAGUUGAAGACAGCAAUUAACGGUGGCGGCAUUAACAAAAUGACCGUGGUGCAGCUCAGGGACUUGCUUGCUACCAAGGGAAUGAGUACGGCUGGCAGGAAGAUGGAGUUGAUCGAGAGGGUUGAACAAUGGGUGGAAGAAAACUCGUGA